AUGGAAGAUAUGAAGAAAUGGGAUGAAAAGAUUCCAACUGCAUUGAUGGCCACAGGUCUCACUCCUGCAAAGAUGUUAUAUGGAUUUGAUAUACAGACACCCUUGGUAUGGCCUGCACCAAGAAAUGACUACGUCGAAGAACUAGUUGCAGAAAUAACAAGACGGGUAGAAGAAAUUGAUACUAUAAUGCGAGACUUACGGAUAGAAAAAGGCGCAGAGAAUGGAGAUUGUUUGACACCAUUCACCAGAAGGAAACAUAUGGUACCCGAUGUACAACGUGUUACGGAGCUGGAAUAUUCAAAAAUUACAUCAGCAGUAUCGGAGAUCGAGACGGAAGAGGGUAUGCUGGACCGGACACCCGUAAGGUCAUGCUCAUCUUUUGGUAAAUUAUUGGAAGCGGAAAUUGAAUAA